CGAUCAUGAGAAAAGUGGUGGGCCCCGCGUGUCAAUGUGUAAGCGCGUAUCCCCUUCCCUGCCCGACGUCGGUGGCCGCUUGGGCUCAGGCGCUCGGCCGUUUCGGAACAGCGGCUGGGCUCUGCAGCCGGUCCCUGGGCGGACGCCCUCCGCGCCGCGCCGCUGCGGAGCGAGCGGCCGGGUUCGCAUGUGGCCCCCUACCUCCCUGGCGCCUGCCAUGCCGCCGUGCAAGAGACAGGCCCACUUCGCCAGCGCGCCGCGCGGGGACGCGAGCGAUCCCGAGGCGGCCGACUUCGAGUGGAUCUGCCAGGACCUCGACCGCCUCGUGGCCCUCCUGCGGCCGCGCCUGCCCGCCGCGGGCCCGGUGCUGCACCCCGGCUGCGGCAUGUCGCAGCUGCCCGCCCGCCUCGCGGCGUGCACGGGGCUCCACGUGCUCAGCCUGGACGGCAGCCCCAGCUGCGUGGCCGCCAUGCGGCGGGCCCACGCGGGCGAGGGCGCCCUGGCCUGGGAGCUCUGCGACGUCCGCCAGCUCGACGAGCUGCCGGCCGCCCGCGCGGCCCGGGCGGCCUGCGCCGUGGAGAAGGGCUGCCUCGACGCGCUGCUCUGCGACUCGGACGAGGCCGCCGCCCGCUACCUGGCGGCCCUGGCGCGCGUGCUGCCGCCCGGCGGGCGGCUGCUGCUCGUGUCCACCCUCCGCGCCGGGAGGCACCGGCAUUUUACCCCUGCGUUCCGCGUCGUGGAGGUGGUGCCCCUGUCGGAGGACCUGUCGGGUGGCAGCCUCUACGUGUGUGAGCGGCUGGCGGCGCCCGCCACGGCGCUGGACGAGCUUGAUUGAGGGCUGGGAGAAGAACAAGCGGCAUGAACUCACCGAGUGCGUUCCACUAUUCGCAGAGCGCCUAUUAUCAAAAAAGCAUGGGAAGUAUUUUCGCCUCGAUGUGAU